CCUUCUCUGUCACUCACUCCCACAACUUUGCAUCUCCCCUCUAUAUAAACAUUUGCCUCGCACUCGGCCUAGAAGAAGGACGUUUACUUGCACAGAGCAGAGCAAUUUCCCACAACCCAACACCGAGAACCCGUCGGAGAAGGAGACCCCCCCACGCCAUGGAAUGGAGAAAAUGCUAUUUAGAUGUCAUUCUCGUCCCCCUCGGCCUUCUAGUCACGGCGGCCUACCAUGCUUGGCUCUGGCAUAAGGUCCGAUCCCAGCCCCUCGCCACCAUCAUCGGCACCAAUGCCACCGGCCGCCGCUUCUGGGUCUCUGCCAUCAUGAAGGACAACGACAAGAAGAACAUAUUGGCAGUGCAGACGCUGAGAAACACGAUCAUGGGGUCGACCCUGAUGGCGACGACGUCGGUGCUGCUCUGCUCCGGCCUGGCCGCCGUCAUCAGCAGCACCUACAGCGUCAAGAAGCCGCUCAACGACUCCGUCUACGGCGCCCACGGAGAGUUCAUGGUGGCCCUCAAAUACGUAACGCUUCUCCUCAUCUUCCUCUUCUCCUUCGUCUGCCACUCGCUCUCCAUCCGCUUCAUCAACCAGGUCAACUUCCUCAUCAACUGCCCGCAGGACGCGGCGGGGAUCGUAUCCCCGGAGUACGUGUCGGAGCUUCUGGAGAAGGGGUUCUCUCUCAACACCGUGGGGAACCGGCUGUUCUACGCGGCGCUGCCCCUGCUGCUCUGGAUUUUCGGGCCGGUGCUGGUUUUCCUGUGCUCGGUGACCAUGGUGCCAGUGCUUUACAACCUUGACUUCGUCCUGGGGAAUGCGAACGGGAAGGGGAAGCUCGAUCAUGAGAUUGGGAAUUCAGACUUUGAAUCUGUAUGAAAGGACUUAAUUUGCGUUUCCAUAUAUUUUUACUCUCUGCUUAGUUUGCUUUUGGCAUUUA